AUGUAUAAUGACUCGCCUAUGAUGUAUAAUGACUCGCCAAUGAUCUAUAAUACCUCACCAAUGAUGUAUAAUUACUCGUCAAUGAUGUAUAAUGCCUCACCAAUGAUGUAUAAUGCCUUGCCAAUGGUGUAUAAUGCCUCGCCAAUGAUGUAUAUUGCCUCAUCAAUGAUGUAUAAUGCCUCGCAAAUGAUGAAUAAUGCCUCAUCAAUGAUGAAUAAUGCCUCACCAAUGAUGUAUAAUUCCUCACCAAUGAUGAAUAAUGCCUUGCCAAUGAUGUAUAAUUCCUCACCAAUGAUUUAUAAUGCUUCAGCAAUGAUGUAUAAUGCCUCGCCAAUUAUGUAUAAUGCCUCGCCAAUGAUGUAUAAUGAUAUGCAUGAUUUCUACUCUAGUAUAUAA